AUGGCCCAGGGCCACAUCAUCCCCUUCCUCGCCCUCGCCCUCCACCUCGAGCAGCGCCGGAACUGCGCCGUCACCCUCGUCAACACCCCUCUCAACAUCGCCAAGCUCCGCCGCUCAAUCCCGCCGUCCUCCUCCGUCCGCCUCCUCGAGAUCCCCUUCCGGAGCUCCGACCACGGCCUCCCUCCGGGCACCGAGAACACCGACUCCUUGCCGUACGACCUCAUCCUCAAGUUCCUCAUCUCCUCCCUCCGCCUCGAACCCGCUCUGUCCUCCCUCGUCGCCGACCUCGCCGCCGGCGAGGUCGGCUUCCCGCCGCCGAUCUGUAUCGUCACCGACAUGUUCUUCUCCUGGUGCGCCGACAUCGCCCACCGGUACGGGAUCUUCCACGCCGUGUUCAACGCCGGCGGAGGGUACGGAUUCGCCUGCUAUUACUCCCUCUGGCUCAACCUCCCGCACCGCCGGAAAAACUCUGUUUCCGACGGCGAGGAGUUUGCCCUGCCAGAUUUCCCCGAAGCGUCGACGCUCCAUAUCACUCAGCUGCCCCCGUUCCUCCAAUCCGCCGAUGGAUCCGACCCGUUUUCCGCUUUCCAGCAAAUCGUCCUCUCGAAAUGGGCGAACGCCGACGCGAUUCUGGUCAACACGGUGGAGGGAUUCGACGGAUUGGGGCUGGAUUAUUUCCGGAGGAAGCUGGGUAAACCGGUGUUUCCAAUCGGACCGGUUCUGCUAACAAAUUCCCCAACCAAAACAGAGACCGGGAUGACGAAUUCGCCGGAGAUCUGUAAAAAUUGGCUCGAUUCGAAACCGGCGAGAUCCGUUCUAUUCGUCUCGUUCGGGUCGCAGAACACGAUUGCGGAAGCACAGAUGAAGGAGCUAGCAGUCGGAUUGGAAGCCAGCGGGACCAAUUUCAUCUGGGUAAUCCGCCCGCCGUUGGGAUUCGACAUCAAUUCGGAAUUCAGAGAUGAAGAUUGGCUGCCGGAGGGCUUCCCUGAGAGAAUCGAAGCGUCGGGGAAAGGAUUGUUGGUGAGGAGAUGGGCACCGCAAGUGGAGAUACUGGGGCACGAAUCCGUGGGCGGGUUUCUGAGCCACUGCGGGUGGAACUCGGUGCUGGAAUCGCUGAGCUGCGGGGUUCCGAUUCUCGGGUGGCCGCUGGCGGCGGAGCAGUUCUACAACUCGAAGGUUCUGGAGGAAGAGAUUGGGGUUUCUGUGGAGGUUGGGAGAGGGAAGGAAAUAGUGGUUGAGAGUGGAGAUUUGAAGGAUAAGAUUGAGAUGGUUAUGGUGGGUGGUGAAAAGGGGAAGGAGAUUAGGAGGAGGGCUAAUGAGAUUAAGGAGAUGAUUAAGGAUGCGGUUAAGGAAGAUGGGGAGGGAAAGGGUUCGUCGGUGGAAGCCAUGGAUGAGUUCUUGAAUGCUGCAGUGGUGUUCAGAGGGAGGAAGAUUAAUGGCGGGAAAUCUGAGGCUUGA